AUGAAAGCCAAGUUCUUCGCUUGCCGGUAUUCGGGUUCCCGCUCAAAACCUCCCGACCAGCGUAUAGACCCACGUCCCGUCGUAAACGUGUACGAGCGCGAAUGGCCCCGCUGGUCUAUUUCGGCCGAGCCGGUCGGCUGCAGGUCUCGGACGCCGGUUCCGGGUUGGCGUCGCGCCAGCAACGCACAAAGGAUGCACAAAAGGCGGCCGCGUCCAAAAUCACCGAAUGGCGGGAAACCGCGGGAAAUGGCCGGCGUUGGCGGACUGCUCGCGCGGGAAAUGGGAUGCGCCAUGAUCGAUUGCGGCAACGGCUUUACGAUAAAAAAAGGCGUUUGUUAUUCGCCUCACCGCGCG